CAGGUGAUUAUCCUAAUUAAUGUCUAUCUAAUUAAAUUACUGUCAGCAGUUAACCAAUGGCAAGAGCCGUUUCAUCGGCUGCACAAGCAGCAAGAUCAAAAGUGAGCCUUUUCUGAUUGCUGCAUAGUGUCAAUUGGCCAAUCUCUUCUCCCAGAGAAAAAAAAAAGUAAAUCAAACCUUUGAGAAGCAUUUGCUGGUUGAAGUGCUUUCGGUCUAGUGAGGGGGUCUGUGGAUUUCUAGUUUAUGAUAAAUAGGACUUUAAAAUCCAGGGACGGGAGGGCGAGCGUUCAGGUUCUAGAGCUAUGCAGCUGGAGCACUGCCUUUCUCCUUCUAUCAUGCUCUCCAAGAAAUUUCUGAAUGUGAGCAGCAGCUACCCACAUUCAGGCGGAUCCGAGCUUGUCUUGCACGAUCAUCCCAUUAUCUCCACCACUGACAACCUGGAGAGAAGUUCACCUUUGAAAAAAAUUACCAGAGGGAUGACGAAUCAGUCAGAUACAGACAAUUUUCCUGAUUCCAAGGACUCACCAGGGGACGUCCAGAGAAGUAAACUCUCUCCUGUCUUGGACGGGGUCUCUGAGCUUCGUCACAGUUUCGAUGGCUCUGCAGCAGAUCGCUACCUCCUCUCUCAGUCCAGCCAGCCCCAGUCUGCGGCCACUGCUCCCAGUGCCAUGUUCCCGUACCCCGGCCAGCACGGACCCGCGCACCCCGCCUUCUCCAUCGGCAGCCCCAGUCGCUACAUGGCCCACCAUCCGGUCAUCACUAACGGAGCCUACAACAGCCUGCUGUCCAACUCCUCACCGCAGGGCUACCCCGCGGCCGGCUACCCCUACCCACAGCAGUACGGCCACUCCUACCAAGGCGCCCCGUUCUACCAGUUCUCCUCUACCCAGCCCGGGCUAGUGCCGGGCAAAGCGCAGGUGUACUUGUGCAACAGGCCCCUUUGGCUGAAAUUUCACCGGCACCAAACGGAGAUGAUCAUCACCAAACAGGGAAGGCGCAUGUUUCCUUUUUUAAGUUUUAACAUUUCUGGUCUCGAUCCCACGGCUCAUUACAAUAUUUUUGUGGAUGUGAUUUUGGCGGAUCCCAAUCACUGGAGGUUUCAAGGAGGCAAAUGGGUUCCUUGCGGCAAAGCGGACACCAAUGUGCAAGGAAAUCGGGUCUAUAUGCAUCCGGAUUCCCCCAACACGGGGGCUCACUGGAUGCGUCAAGAAAUCUCUUUUGGAAAAUUAAAACUUACUAACAACAAAGGAGCUUCAAACAACAACGGGCAGAUGGUGGUUUUACAAUCCUUGCACAAGUACCAGCCCCGCCUGCAUGUGGUGGAAGUGAACGAGGACGGCACGGAGGACACCAGUCAGCCCGGCCGUGUGCAGACAUUCACCUUCCCUGAGACUCAGUUCAUUGCCGUCACUGCCUACCAGAACACCGAUAUUACGCAGCUGAAAAUAGAUCACAACCCCUUUGCAAAAGGAUUUAGGGAUAAUUAUGACACGAUCUACACGGGCUGCGACAUGGACCGCCUGACCCCCUCGCCCAACGACUCGCCACGUUCGCAGAUUGUGCCCGGAGCCCGCUACGCCAUGGCUGGCUCUUUCCUGCAGGACCAGUUCGUGAGCAACUACGCCAAGGCCCGCUUCCACCCGGGUGCUGGAGCGGGCCCCGGGCCGGGCACGGACCGCAGCGUGCCGCAUACCAACGGGCUGCUGUCGCCGCAGCAGGCCGAGGACCCGGGCGCGCCGUCCCCGCAGCGCUGGUUUGUGACACCCGCCAACAACCGGCUGGACUUCGCCGCUUCGGCCUACGACACGGCCACGGACUUUGCAGGCAACGCGGCCACGCUGCUCUCUUACGCGGCGGCUGGCGUAAAGGCGCUACCGCUGCAGGCAGCCGGCUGCACCGGCCGCCCGCUCGGCUACUAUGCCGACCCGUCGGGCUGGGGCGCGCGCAGCCCCCCGCAGUACUGCGGCGCCAAGUCGGGCUCCGUGCUGCCCUGCUGGCCCAACAGCGCCGCGGCCGCCGCGCGCAUGGCCGGUGCCAACCCCUACCUGGGCGAGGAGGCCGAAGGCCUGGCGGCCGAGCGCUCGCCGCUGCCUCCUGGAGCCGCUGAGGACGCCAAGCCCAAGGACCUGUCUGACUCCAGCUGGAUCGAGACGCCCUCUUCCAUCAAGUCCAUCGACUCGAGCGACUCGGGGAUUUACGAGCAGGCCAAGCGGAGGCGGAUCUCGCCCGCGGACACGCCGGUGUCCGAGAGCUCGUCCCCGCUUAAGAGCGAGGUGCUGGCCCAGCGGGACUGCGAGAAGAACUGCGCCAAGGACAUAGGCGGCUACUACGGCUUCUACUCGCACAGCUAGGCCGCCGCUGCCCGCCCUGGCCCCGCUACCCGCCGCGGCCCGGACCCCAGCCUGCCCCUCACAGUUCCUCCCCAGGCCCCACCCUGCGCAUCUCCUCAUCCUCAUUUCAUUUGACCCUCGAUUACCGUCUGCAGCGAAUAAAUGCAGGUCUCCGAAUAAAUGCAGUUAAAGUGAUUUUUAACUUUUUUUUUUUUCUUUUUGCACAGCAGUCACUGCAAUUAGCUCACCGACCUUCAACUUUGCUGUAAACCUUUUCAUUUUCCUACUUUCUCUCCUGUGAAAUUAUCCUCCAAACAAUCCUCCUCCCUCUUGUCUUUUUCUCACCCCAUCCUCUUUCUUGUAAUGGAACUCUUCACCUUUAGGAGACCUGGGCAGUCCUGUCAGGCAGCAGCGAUUCCGACACUCCAAGUCUCGGGCCUCCCCAUUAACCAUAGGAUGUUGACUCUAGAACCUGGACCCACCCAGUGCGUCCUUCCUUAUUCCCGAGUGGAUGGAUGGAUGGAUGGAUGGUAGGGAUGUUAAUACUUUUAGUGGAACAAAGCCUGUGAAAAGAUUGUACAUAGUGUUAAUUUAUUGUAACGAAUGGCUAGUUUUUAUUCUCAUUGUCGAGGCACAAAACCAGUUCAUGCUUAACCUUUUACUUUUUUUCCCUUUUCUUUCUUUUCUUCUCUUCUUUAAUUAUUUAAUAAUAGUUCUUUUUUUUUUUUUUGCGAGAUAACAAUAUUCUAAGAGGCUCUGGAAACUUGAAACACUCAUAGAUAGUAAUAGAUUUCUCACUUCUCAAUCCGUUGCAUGAAAUAAUUAGUUUGUGCCCUAUGCCCACAAAAUAGCUAAGGAGAAUCCACCCAAACACCUGUAAAGG